UCUACAACACACACGGGGGUUCGUGCGAGAGAGGGAGAGAGGAUGGGCCGCAAGGCGAAGCAAUGUCCUGCGAAGAAGAAGGGUGGCCGUGAAGAGAAGGCCGCCGCGCCGCCGCCGCCGCCGGCAGAGGGCGCGUCGUCGUCGGACGGGGAGGGAGGCACGGGCGGCACCCGCGUCCUGCCGAUGGCUAACCUCGUGCGCCUCAUGCGGCAAGUGAUCCCCAAGAGCGCCAAGAUCUCCUCGCGCGCCAAGGACCUCACGCACGACUGCGCCCUCGAGUUCGUCGGCUUCCUCGCCGGCGAGGCGUCCGAGCGGGCCACCGCGCAGCACCGCCGCACCAUGGCGCCCGAGGACUUCACGUGCUCGCUCCAGGCGCUCGGCUUCGACGACUACGUCAAGCCCAUGAACACCUACAUCAGCCGCUACCGCGAGCAGGUCAACCCCGCCGGCUACAGAGGGUUCGCGCGCCGCCCUCCUCCUCCCCCUGCGACGGUGGCGGACGUCACGGCGGCGCCAUGCGUUUCCGAUGAGGAGACGCAGCGUCGUGUUCCCCGACAUGGAGAGUACGAUGAUGGCGGAAGCACGUCGGUGCACGCGCCCACGCCGAGUGCGCACACUUCACCUGAUAACAUGUGACAGCUUCACAGUUUGAUCCGUUGCAUCAUGCAUGAUUGUACGAUCGGCUUGCGAGCAUAUAUAGCGAUUAGAGCCGUUCAUGCACUACGAAUAGGUAGUGCCAAUCGCAAAUAAAAUAGAAGAAAUAGGCUACCGCCGUAUGUAUGCCGAUGUUCGUUGUCAUGUAAUGUGACUCUUUAAUCAUAUCAGAGAAAAUAUAAAGUUA